AUGGGGUGCCAUAUUUAGAAACACCAAUACACAAAGAAUGACAUCAUAAUUUCAUCUCCACCACCUACAGUUCCUUCCUCUCAUGAUAUCAUUCUGAUGCCAUAUGCUCUUAAGUAAUAGCAUCCGGCUUCAAGGAUACCAGAUCAAAUUCUUUGGAACAGUGAAGUUCAAAGAACAAAAGAAUAGUCAUCUGAAAUAACAAAUUCAGUUUCACCGAAUAAUAAUCCCAACCGAAGAUAAAAAUGA